CAAGCGAAUACAUUUUCUCCCUCUUGUAGGAGCUUGGCAAUGGUGCAGCUUCCUCCUUCCCCCAAGGUGGGUGUCACACUUGCUGGCGAACAGUCAGAAGAGAAGAAGGAAAGAAUGGAAGGCAAGUUGAUUGUUUUGAGUCCGAAGGGAGACUCACCUGCCAGCCUGGGGGCCCCGCCGAGCUUUGACUUCCCCACUGCCUAUCAUGGGUAUGAAACCUACAUAGAAGAUGGACUUAUCUGCCUCAAACAUAAGGUUCGCAACUUGGAGAAAAAGAAGCUGAAACUGGAACACUAUAAGAGAUGCCUGACCUGUGGUGAGACUCUAAAUAAAGACCAAAUGGCUGCGACUGAUAAAUACGAGCAGGUGGUGCAUAACCUGGAGUUUGCCAAAGAGCUCCACAAAACCCUGGACAGCUUGACUCAAAACGUAAGAGUUUAGUCGUUAGUUUCUAUUAUGUUUACUUAAAUAUUGUCUCUGUCCAAUAAAA